GUUAAAUUUUUGUAGGAUUAUUUUUACUUUGCUACUUAAGUAAUUGUUCUUGAACACGAAGAAAAAAUGAAGAACUGCUUGCACAAACCACGGAAGCCAAUGGUUCCUUUAAAAACUUUGGACAUUAUAUUUAGGCGCCGCCACCUUAAAAAUACACAGUUUUACUUUACUAACCGCAAACAUGCGUUUACGGAAGAUAAGCCGGGCCAAAAAAAGAUUACACCAUUUCGCAUACCACGAUCACAAAAUUUAUUGUCAUAUAUAAAGUACAGUGAUCGGAAAGAAAAAGCUCUUUCUAGACAGCGUAUAAAACAACCACUUCAUUUAAAAGAUAAUCUAAAGAUUGCAGCAACGAGAGAUAUAUCUAAAAGACUUUUCAUACAACCAGUCCCAGAUGAUGUAAGGGCAGUUGUUGAAAUACACCCUGAAUUUUAUACAGUCAUAGAAGGACGUCCCUUACGUUUUCACGAUGAUAUAAAGUCAUAUUUAUUCAACAUACGGAAUUUUGCAAUGUAUCGGCAGCAAAUAGGUUACCGACGUGACCUUAUUUUAAAAAUAGACCAGACCAUGAUAGAAGAGUCAAAUUUAUAUGACGAAAUAUUGGAAAAUUUGAAACAACAUAUAAAGAAUUUUCAAAAAUAUCUAACUGAAGACUACAAGGAUGCUUGUGCAAAGGUUUCGAUGGCUGAAAAAAUCUAUGAGGACCUUCUGGAAAAAAGUUCAGAGAUUCUUAGCUAUAUUACGCAGAUUACCAUAAUAAACAAUAUUAUAUUUAAACUGGAUUCAAUUAGAAAUGUGUUAAAAGGUUACCGAACUUAUUUAUUAUUUGCUGCUCCUCUUUAUUGGAGACAAGAGUUUGAUGAGUCAUAUAAAAGAUUUGACAGUAGCAUGUUAUUGAUACGUAGUGAAGAAUUUAUUACUGAAAAUGAUUUAGUUGAUACUUUAGAUAUAGAUAAAAUAGUGGAAACAGCAAGGAUAGAAUUGACAAAACCUUAUUUACCACACAUGUAUUUUAAACAACCAAACGAGAUGUUGUACUUAUUUCGUACCAUGGAACUGCAAAGCAGAGAAUACUUAAUUCAGCUUUCGAAGUCUGAUAUUCCUCAUAGAAUGUUGCAAUCACGAAUUAAAAGAUUAAAGUUAUCAACGAAACAGGAGUUAGAUUUAUCGCAAUAUUAUAUUGACAGUGUUAGUAAAGAAAUAGAGAGAGAGUUAUAUAAUGAGAUCUAUCUUCAAGAAAAGUUUUUGAGAAUACUGAAUGGAACAUUUUACGACACUAUAGCUAGUCCAGACGUAUUAAAAUUGAAGAUUUGUGUAGAAUAUGUCUAUGAACGAAUACUUGGCAAAAGCGACGAAGGACAUGAGUGUCUACGUGACCCCAUGAGGAUUUUAGAAGUAAUGUAUGAAGAAUAUAAUUUAAAGCUUGACGGUUUGGAUUUCAAGAUUGUUAAUGAAGCCCGCAGUGAUUUCUUUGCACAGGAUUUAAAGAUGAUGCGCGAUGCAUAUCACGCCCAGAGAGUGUUAAGGGAGUUUAGAGAGAUGACAAAUGCUAUGAAUAAAGCUUUCUUGCCACCAGCUCACUUCACACGUCCCGUAAUUGGAAAAUUUCUCAAUAAAAAAGCCAAAUCUGUUGCUGCUGCAGCUGAAAAAAGAAAGGCAAGGUUUGCAAGUGGCGACCGAGUCAGACAUAAGAAGUAUAAAGUAACUGAAGAACAGCGUGAAGAUUUAUAUCUAUUUACGGAAUGGUGUGAUGCAAUGAAUCCUGCGCCUUUUUUGAAAGAUAUUGAAACUUACAUAAAACCUACAUUUGCAAUGGUUACUAAGUCAACAGCAUCUCGGUUAAUCUUUGAGUAGUUUUGUAUGGUUACAUUAUUUUUUAGUUUAAUAUCUAG